UGAGCAACUUCAUCAAGCCAUUUGCAUUUCCCCUUUUCUCUCUCUGACAACACCAAAAAUGUGCGGUGGAGCAAUAAUCUCGGACGCCGAUCCCGUCUUCAACCGCGACCGGAAGCUGUCGGCCGACGAUCUCUGGUCCGAGUUUGACACCUCAGAUCUCUUCGGCUGGGAUUUCAAACCACAAACACUACUUUCCACCACUGAAGUUGCUAUCAAGAACAAAACUAUUUCAAAGCAGAAAAAAAUCUUCGACGAAGAAAAAUCACAACCUAUCGAGAAGAAGCCAAAAGCGAGGAAGAACAAGUACAGAGGGAUCAGGCAGCGGCCAUGGGGAAAAUGGGCGGCGGAGAUCCGAGACCCACAGCAGGGUGUCCGAGUCUGGCUCGGUACAUUCAACACCGCUGAAGAAGCUGCUCAAGCCUACGAUGAAGCAGCCAAACGUAUCAGAGGUGGUAAGGCCAAGCUCAACUUUCCAUUACCACCGGCGAAGAAGCUGCGCACUGAGUCGACUCAGUCAACCGUCCAUGUAUCACCAUCACCACGACCACCUGCAUUACUGAGUUACGACCAGUUCCAAAAACAAUCUUACUACUCGAACAGUGUGGCUGAUGAGCACGAAUUCAAGGAACAGAUCUCGAACCUUGAGACGUUCUUGGGUCUUGAUCAUGAGUUGACUCAGUUUGGUGGACUCGGUGGUGAGUCAGCAUGUGAUGUUUGGACGAUGGAUGACUUCCCGGUUAUCAUCUGAGUUGUUUCCGAAUAAACUGAGUCGAGCGAGUGAGAACCCAGUGAGUUGAGUUUAAUUAGUUCCUAUAUAAAACGUAAGACUCGUGUUAAUGGGGUGGUUGUGGUUAAGGCUGACGAAUUUGACAAUAAGUUGUGUCGCCGGCGGCCUACGCUUGCGGCACACACCAUAUCCAUAUAUGUGUGAUUUUCUGUCUAUUUAUGGGUUUUUUAAUGUCUACUUGUUUUAGAAUGAAUGUUUAUAAAGCGUGUGGUAUAUAAAUCAAUAGCCUUGUAAGUCAAUCAUUUGUGUUUUGGAAUCAAUUGAACAUAUUUAUCAUUUGUUUCAAGAAUGAUGGA